AUGGCUCAAAAGGUAAUUAAGUUGACGGUGUUUAUGACAUCAUCGGCAGCAAGUACAUUAGGAUCCAGCGGCUCAAAUCAUGACAUGGACAGAGAUUUAGAUUCAUCUGAAACAAAGGGUCCCAGCAAAAAACACUCCCAUACUUUUAAUUCGAAAUGGCUGGAGUCUUUUACGUGGCUCAAAUUCGGAGACAAUAUAUAUCUGUAUGACCUGCAAAUGACUCCAAAGAAAGGACAUGUAGAAAAGUCAGAGGGUUCAUCAGUGACUCCAAAGAAAAGACAUGUAGAAAAGUCAGAGGGUUCAUCACUGACUCCAAAGAAAGGACAUGUAGAAAAGUCGGAGGGUUCAUCAGUGACUCCAAAGAAAGGACAUGUAGAAAAGUCGGAGGGUUCAUCAGUGACUCCAAAGAAAGGACAUGUAGAAAAGUCAGAGGGUUCAUCAGUGACUCCAAAGAAAGGACAUGUAGAAAAGUCGGAGGGUUCAUCAGUGACUCCAAAGAAAGGACAUGUAGAAAAGUCGGAGGGUUCAUCAGUGACUCCAAAGAAAGGACAUGUAGAAAAGUCAGAGGGUUCAUCAGUGACUCCAAAGAAAGGACAUAAAGGACAUGUAGAAAAGUCAGAGGGUUCAUCAGUGACUCCAAAGAAAGGACAUGUAGAAAAGUCAGAGGGUUCAUCAGUGACUCCAAAGAAAGGACAUGUAGAAAAGUCAGAGGGUUCAUCAGUGACUCCAAAGAAAGGACAUGUAGAAAAGUCAGAGGGUUCAUCAGUGACUCCAAAGAAAAGACAUGUAGAAAAGUCAGAGGGUUCAUCAAUGUCGGCUCACUCUCCAAAUAAAUUGCUGAAGUCUGAAGAACUUGUUCAAGAACAAGUUCUGGAAAUGGUUGUUCUAGAACUGCCAUUUAAUGUUCUUGAACACGUUCUAGAACAAGUUCAAGAGUUUGUUCAAGAACAGUUCUAG